AUGUCUUACCAACAUCAGCAGCAGUGUAAGCAAACCUGCCUGCCACCACCAGUGUGUCCUCCACCACAGUGUCAGGAGCCGUGCCCCCCACCGAAAUGCCCGGAGCCGUGUCCUCCACCCAAGUGCCCGGAGCCGUGUCCUCCACCCCAGUGCCAGGAGCCGUGUCCUCCACCCCAGUGCCCGGAGCCGUCUCCUCCACCCAAGUGCCCGGAGCCGUGCCCCCCACCCCAGUGCCCGGAGCCGUGUCCUCCACCCCAGUGCCCGGAGCCGUGUCCUCCACCCCAGUGCCAGGAGCCGUGUCCUCCACCACAGUGCCCGGAGCCGUGUCCUCCACCACAGUGCCAGGAGCCGUGUCUUCCACCCCAGUGCCAGGUGCCGUGUCCUCCACCCCAGUGCCAGGAGCCGUGUCCUCCACCCCACUGCCAGGAGCCGUGUCCUCCACCCCACUGCCAGGAGCCGUGCAGGCCACCAAAAUGCCCUUCACCUAAGUGCCCGCCUAUGCAGAAGUACAACUGA